CUGUUGCAGUGAAUAAAAAUCUGGUUUUUAUUCUCAUCACCAGACUAAGUAUCCCAAGACCUGUGUGGGUGGCUGAUCUUCACCUCUCUAUCCCUGAUAUCUUGAGGAAGGUCAGGAUCUCUCAAGCCCUUCCACCUCAAAUCAUCAGUACCGACUUAACCUUCUCUUGUCUCCCUUCAGCACUGGUGGGGAGAUGUUGAAAUUCAAGUAUGGAGCGCGGAAUCUGCUGGACACCGGUGCUGCUGAGCCCAUUGCCAGCCGGGCCUCCAGGCUGAAUCUUUUCUUCCAGGGGAAGCCACCCUUUAUGACUCAACAGCAGAUGUCUCCUCUUUCCCGAGAAGGAAUAUUAGAUGCCCUCUUUGCUCUGUUUGAAGAAUGCAGUCAGCCUGCUCUGAUGAAGAUUAAGCAUGUGAGCAACUUUGUCCAGAAGUAUUCUGACACCAUCUCCGAGUUGCAGGAGCUCCAGCCUUCCGCGAAGGACUUUGAAGUCAGAAGUCUGGUGGGUCGUGGACACUUUGCUGAAGUGCAGGUGGUAAGGGAGAGAGCCACCGGGGACAUCUAUGCCAUGAAAGUGAUGAAGAAGAAAGCCUUGUUGGCCCAGGAGCAGGUUUCAUUUUUUGAGGAAGAACGGAACAUUUUAUCUCAGAGCGCAAGUCCAUGGAUCCCCCAUUUACAGUAUGCCUUUCAGGACAAAAAUAACCUUUACCUGGUCAUGGAAUAUCAGCCUGGAGGGGACUUGCUGUCACUUUUGAAUAGAUAUGAGGACCAAUUAGAUGAAAACAUGAUUCAGUUUUACCUAGCCGAACUGAUUUUGGCUGUUCACAGCGUUCAUCAGAUGGGAUAUGUACAUCGAGACCUCAAGCCUGAGAAUAUUCUCAUUGAUCGGAUGGGACACAUCAAGCUAGUGGAUUUUGGAUCAGCUGCUAAGAUGAACUCAAAUAAGAUGGUGAAUGCCAAACUCCCGAUUGGGACCCCAGACUACAUGGCCCCGGAAGUGUUGACAGUGAUGAAUGGGGACGGAAAAGGUGUCUAUAGCCUCGACUGUGACUGGUGGUCAGUGGGAGUUAUUGCUUAUGAGAUGGUUUAUGGAAGGUCCCCAUUCACUGAGGGAACCUCAGCCAGAACCUUCAGUAACAUUAUGAAUUUCCAGCGAUUUUUGAAGUUUCCAGAUGACCCCAAAGUUAGCAGUGAAUUACUGGAUCUGAUUCAAAGUUUGUUGUGUGGCCAGAAAGAGAGACUGAAAUUUGAAGGCCUUUGCUGCCAUCCGUUUUUCUCAAAAAUCGACUGGGAUAACAUUCGUAACUCUCCUCCCCCCUUCGUUCCCACCCUCAAGUCUGAUGAUGACACCUCCAAUUUUGAUGAGCCAGAGAAGAAUUCGUGGGUUUCAUCCUCUCGGUGCCAGCUGAACCCCUCAGGCUUCUCGGGUGAAGAACUGCCGUUUGUGGGGUUUUCGUAUAGCAAGGCACUGGGGAUUCUUGGUAGAGCUGAGUCUUUUGUGUCGGGCUUGGACUCCCCUGCCAAGACUAGCUCGAUGGAAAAGAAACUUCUCAUCAAAAGCAAAGAGCUGCAAGACUCCCAGGACAAGUGUCACAAGAUGGAGCAGGAAAUGACCCGGUUACAUCGGAGAGUGUCAGAGGUGGAGGCUGUGCUUAGUCAGAAGGAGGUGGAGCUGAAGGCCUCUGAGACUCAGAGAUCCCUCCUGGAACAGGACCUUGCUACCUACAUCACAGAAUGCAGUAGUUUAAAGCGAAGUUUGGAGCAAGCACGGAUGGAGGUGUCCCAGGAGGAUGACAAAGCACUGCAGCUUCUCCAUGAUAUCAGAGAGCAGAGCCGGAAGCUCCAAGAAAUCAAAGAACAGGAGUACCAGGCUCAGGUGGAAGAAAUGAGGUUAAUGAUGAAUCAGUUGGAAGAGGAUCUGGUUUCAGCAAGAAGACGGAGUGAUCUGUACGAGUCCGAGCUGAGAGAGUCCCGGCUCGCCGCCGAAGAGUUUAAGCGGAAGGCGACUGAGUGUCAGCAUAAACUGUUGAAGGCUAAGGAUCAAGGGCAGCCUGAAGUGGGAGAAUAUUCCAGACUCGAGAAGAUCAAUGCUGAGCAGCAGCUCAAAAUUCAGGAGCUCCAAGAGAAGCUGGAGAAGGCUGUAAAAGCCAGCACGGAGGCCACCGAGCUGCUGCAGAAUAUCCGCCAGGCGAAGGAGCGGGCCGAGCGCGAGCUGGAGAAGCUGCAGAACCGCGAGGAUUCUUCUGAAGGCAUCAAAAAGAAACUGGUAGAAGCCGAGGAACGCCGCCAUUCUCUGGAGAACAAGGUAAAGAGGCUAGAGACCAUGGAGCGUAGAGAAAGCAGACUGAAGGAUGACAUCCAGACAAAGUCCCAACAGAUCCAGCAGAUGGCUGAUAAAAUUCUGGAGCUGGAGGAGAAGCACCGGGAGGCCCAGAUCUCAGCUCAGCACCUAGAGGUCCACCUGAAACAAAAAGAGCAGCACUAUGAGGAAAAAAUUAAAGUGUUGGACAGUCAGAUAAAGAAGGACCUGGCGGAUAAGGAGACCCUGGAGAACAUGAUGCAGAGACACGAGGAGGAGGCCCACGAGAAAGGCAAGAUUCUCAGCGAGCAGAAGGCGAUGAUCAAUGCUAUGGAUUCCAAGAUCAGAUCCCUGGAACAGAGGAUUGUGGAGCUGUCAGAAGCCAACAAACUUGCAGCAAACAGCAGUCUUUUUACCCAGAGGAACAUGAAGGCCCAGGAAGAGAUGAUUUCAGAACUCAGGCAACAGAAGUUCUACCUGGAGACACAGGCUGGGAAAUUGGAGGCCCAGAACCGAAAGCUGGAGGAGCAGUUGGAAAAAAUCAGCCACCAAGACCAUAGUGACAAGAACCGUCUGCUGGAGCUGGAGACAAGGUUGAGGGAGGUCAGCCUUGAGCACGAGGAGCAGAAACUGGAGCUAAAGCGCCAGCUCACAGAGCUGCAACUCUCCCUGCAAGAGCGCGAGUCCCAGCUGACGGCCCUGCAGGCUGCCCGGGCGGCCCUGGAGAGCCAGCUCCGCCAGGCUAAGACAGAGCUGGAGGAGACAACUGCAGAGGCAGAAGAGGAGAUCCAGGCGCUCACGGCACAUAGAGAUGAAAUCCAGCGCAAAUUUGAUGCCCUUCGUAACAGCUGUACUGUAAUCACAGACCUGGAGGAGCAGCUGAACCAGCUGACGGAGGACAACGCUGAGCUCAACAACCAAAAUUUCUACUUGUCCAAACAACUCGAUGAGGCUUCUGGCGCCAACGAUGAGAUAGUGCAGCUGCGAAGUGAAGUGGACCAUCUCCGCCGGGAGAUCACGGAGAGAGAGAUGCAACUCACCAGCCAGAAGCAAACGAUGGAGGCUCUGAAGACCACGUGCACGAUGCUGGAAGAACAGGUCAUGGACCUGGAGGCCUUGAACGACGAGCUGCUAGAAAAGGAGCGGCAGUGGGAGGCAUGGAGGAGCGUCCUCGGUGACGAGAAGUCCCAGUUUGAGUGUCGGGUUCGAGAGUUGCAGAGGAUGCUGGACACCGAGAAGCAGAGCAGGGCAAGAGCCGAUCAGCGCAUCACCGAGUCACGCCAGGUGGUCGAGCUGGCUGUGAAGGAGCACAAGGCCGAAAUUCUCGCGCUGCAGCAGGCUCUCAAAGAGCAGAAGCUGAAAGCUGAGAGCCUCUCUGACAAGCUCAGUGACCUGGAGAAGAAACACGCCAUGCUCGAAAUGAAUGCCCGCAGUUUACAGCAGAAGCUGGAGACUGAGCGCGAGCUCAAGCAAAGGCUGCUGGAGGAGCAAGCCAAAUUACAGCAGCAGAUGGACCUGCAGAAGAAUCAUAUUUUCCGUCUGACUCAAGGGCUGCAAGAAGCUCUAGAUCGGGCUGAUCUGCUGAAGACAGAGAGGAGUGAUCUGGAAUAUCAGCUAGAAAACAUCCAGGUUCUCUAUUCUCAUGAAAAGGUGAAAAUGGAAGGCACUAUUUCUCAACAAACCAAACUCAUUGACUUCCUGCAAGCCAAAAUGGACCAGCCAGCUAAAAAGAAAAAGGUUCCUCUGCAGUACAAUGAGCUGAAGGUGGCUCUGGAGAAGGAGAAAGCUCGCUGUGCAGAGCUGGAGGAAGCCCUUCAGAAGACCCGUAUCGAGCUCCGGUCCGCCCGGGAGGAAGCUGCUCACCGGAAAGCCACAGACCACCCGCACCCAUCGACGCCAGCCACUGCGAGGCAGCAGAUCGCCAUGUCUGCCAUCGUGCGGUCACCUGAGCACCAGCCCAGUGCCAUGAGCCUGCUCGCCCCGCCGUCCAGCCGCAGAAAGGAGUCUUCAACUCCAGAGGAAUUCAGCCGGCGUCUUAAGGAGCGCAUGCACCACAAUAUUCCCCACCGGUUUAAUGUGGGACUGAACAUGCGAGCCACGAAGUGCGCUGUGUGUCUGGAUACUGUGCACUUUGGACGCCAGGCAUCUAAAUGUCUUGAAUGUCAGGUGAUGUGUCAUCCCAAGUGCUCCACGUGCUUGCCAGCUACCUGUGGCCUGCCCGCCGAAUAUGCCACACACUUCACUGAGGCCUUCUGCCGUGACAAAAUGAACUCCCCAGGUCUCCAGACCAAGGAGCCCACCAGCGGCUUGCACCUAGAAGGGUGGAUGAAGGUGCCCAGGAAUAACAAACGAGGACAGCAAGGCUGGGACAGGAAGUACAUUGUCCUGGAGGGAUCCAAAGUCCUCAUCUAUGACAACGAAACCAGAGAAGCUGGACAGAGGCCUGUGGAAGAAUUUGAGCUGUGCCUUCCCGACGGGGACGUAUCUAUUCAUGGCGCCGUUGGUGCUUCUGAACUCGCAAAUACAGCCAAAGCAGAUGUCCCAUACAUCCUGAAGAUGGAAUCCCACCCGCACACCACCUGCUGGCCCGGGAGAACCCUCUACUUGCUAGCUCCCAGCUUCCCCGACAAACAGCGCUGGGUCACCGCCUUAGAAUCAGUUGUCGCAGGUGGGAGAGUUUCUAGGGAAAAAGCAGAAGCCGAUGCUAAAUUGCUUGGAAAUUCCCUGCUGAAACUGGAAGGUGAUGACCGGCUGGACAUGAACUGCACACUGCCCUUCAGCGACCAGGUGGUGUUGGUGGGCACCGAGGAAGGGCUCUAUGCACUGAAUGUCUUGAAAAACUCCCUCACCCACGUCCCAGGAAUUGGAGCAGUCUUCCAAAUUUAUAUCAUCAAGGACCUGGAGAAGCUACUCAUGAUAGCAGGAGAAGAGCGGGCCCUGUGUCUUGUUGAUGUGAAGAAAGUGAAACAGUCCCUGGCACAGUCUCACCUUCCUGCCCAGCCAGACAUCUCACCCAACGUUUUCGAAGCUGUCAAGGGCUGCCACUUGUUUGCUGCUGGCAAGAUUGAGAACGGGCUGUGCAUCUGUGCAGCCAUGCCCAGCAAAGUCAUCAUUCUGCGCUACAAUGAGAACCUCAGCAAAUACUGCAUUCGGAAAGAGAUAGAGACCUCAGAGCCCUGCAGCUGCAUCCACUUCACCAACUACAGUGUCCUCAUCGGAACCAAUAAAUUCUACGAAAUUGACAUGAAGCAGUACACGCUUGAGGAAUUCCUGGACAAGAAUGACCAUUCCUUGGCGCCUGCUGUGUUUGCCGCCUCUUCCAACAGCUUCCCUGUCUCGAUCAUGCAGGUGAACAGCGCAGGGCAGCGGGAGGAGUACCUGCUCUGCUUCCACGAAUUUGGGGUGUUCGUGGAUUCUUACGGAAGACGUAGCCGCACAGACGAUCUCAAGUGGAGUCGCUUACCUUUGGCCUUCGCCUACAGAGAGCCCUAUCUGUUUGUGACCCACUUCAACUCGCUCGAAGUGAUUGAGAUCCAGGCACGCUCCUCCCUGGGGACCCCUGCCCGAGCGUAUUUGGAAAUCCCAAACCCACGCUACCUGGGCCCUGCAAUUUCCUCGGGAGCUAUUUACCUGGCGUCCUCCUACCAGGAUAAACUAAGGAUCAUUUGCUGCAAAGGAAACCUCGUGAAGGAGUCCGGCACUGACCACCACCGGGGUCCCUCCACCUCCCGCAGCCCCAACAAGCGAGGCCCACCAACAUACAACGAGCACAUCACCAAGCGUGUGGCCUCCAGCCCGGCGCCACCGGAAGGCCCCAGCCACCCGCGAGAGCCAAGCACACCCCACCGCUACCGAGAGGGACGGACAGAGCUUCGCAGGGACAAGUCUCCCGGCCGCCCCCUGGAGCGGGAGAAGUCCCCGGGCCGCAUGCUCAGCACACGGAGGGAGAGGUCCCCCGGGAGGCUGUUUGAAGACAGCAGCAGGGGCCGGCUGCCUGCGGGAGCCGUGAGGACCCCCCUGUCCCAGGUCAACAAGGUCUGGGACCAGUCUUCAGUAUAAAUCUGUCAGAAGAGCCAACUCCUCAUCUUAAUCUGCAGGAAAACACCAAACACACAUGGAACUCUGCUGAAGGGGACCCCAGCGCAUCUGCUCAGCUGCCCCAUGGCACAGCUGGACCCAGACCCACCUCAGCACGGACACCCCUGCACCAGGAGGUGCGGGGGGCUGAGGCUCUUCGGAGCUGCGGCACCUUCCUGCGGCCAUCCUGUCUGCACUUUGUUACUCUUACAAAGCAUUCAUAAACUUUUGUACCGAGCUCUAGCCUGUACCAGUUCAUCAGAGGACACCAACCGGGCACCAACUGCGACGUGGUUAGAAUCCUAUUAAUAGCUACUUUAAGAUCCUAGGGUUGGUUUUUUGUUUUGUUUUGUUUUUCAGUUUUUUCCUUUUUUUCUUUUUUUUAAAGACAACAGAAUUCUUACUAGAUUUGAAUAGCAAUGUAUUUCCUGUUGUAGUCAUUUUUAGCUAGAUCACACCACCAGGUCUUUGCUACUGAAACGUAUUAUAGAAGAGUCCCUGCCAGUUGGCUAACCUCCUGCACUCACCUAGGUCCAUUCUCGCCCUCGCCCAUCCUCACAGAUGGCCCUGCUUUACCCAGGGUGACAUCUUAGCCAAAUGUUUACUGUUCUCAUUGCCUUUUAUGGCCUUGACGACUUCCCCUCCCACCAGCUGAGAAUGUAUAGAGGUCAUCGGGCCUCAGCUCGGAGGCAGUGACUUGGGGCCAAGGGACCUCGAGGAGCUUUUCCUCCCUGCCCCUAGUGUCAUCUCCCCAGCCUGCUGUCCCCGCUUUCCAUGUAGCUUUGGCCAGGAAAGCAUGCAAUAGAUUCGCUCAGAGCCCAGCACCCAUGGGUCUCUGGGCCCAGGAAGGGACUGGGGGCACCCACCUCCUGUCCGUGAUGGCACGCUGUUCCCCGCCCUGGGAUGGGAAGAGACCCGUCCGGGAGUUCUGCAUGGCGGUUCACUGCAUGUGCUGCCCCCCGACCUGGCUGCCCCCCUCGGGGUGCUCUGCCGAUGUCCUAGCACCAUACCAUAGUUCCCGCCGAAUCGAGACCCUCUUGACGACUUGCCAACUCACUGGCCACACAAGCUGCAGUCUGUAGCACUGAACAAACAAAAACCAAACGCUCAAGCCUUACGACCAGAGAAGGAUUUCAGCAAACCACCACCUCACACGUUCACGCUUCCUGCCGACUCCCACGUGGAUGACUCUGUUCACACAAAACCCAGCACGGUUCUACCCCACAAAACUGUGACUUCCCCAGCGAGCCUUCCCCUAGGGCUAGACUGAGACCGGGAUGCUGGAGAAGGCAGCCGCAGCUCAGCUCCCCCCGGCCAGGGUCCGGAAGCCUCCUUAGGUGCAGCGACAGCGCGGCCCACCCUGUUUCCACCCUCUGGCGACCAGUCAGUUCCCAGCGACUGGUAAAAAACCAACUUAGAGGCUUUGCGGUUGGCAAGCUAACUAGCGGCCUUACUUCUGCCUUUAAUCUCCCACAAGGCAUCUCUCGCUUCGGAUUCUCCAUGACUCUUAGGCACGCCUCCAACAACCAAGGCACAUCCUAGGUAGGCUGACAGUAGACCCUUGUCCACCGCAGCGGGUGGACAUGACCGUGUUCCAACCCAUGUGUCCACAGUUCAGACCACUUUCCAGAUUGCAGCCUGGCCCAAGUCCUGGCUCCUUCCUGCUCGUCUCUUAAUCUAAGUGCUUUCUCAUCUGAAACACCCAUGACCCUCUGUGUUGUCUCACCCUCGGCCAGUGUCAUGCUGUUGUGUUUUAUGUAUCGCUUAGAGUCUUUGGGGUCAUCCUGUAUCCCCUCUCUCCCCCAGGGCAGAUCUGACUGAAUGUUUGCUGAAGUUUUGUCUCUUGGUCCACAGCAUUUGGAAAGGUCGCUGAAAACUGGUCUUUCAGUCUCGGCAUUUCAUUAGGAUCUCCAUGAGAAACGGGCUUCUAGAGUCCCGAACAUGUAUAUCGUGUGUCCCAUUUGUGAAAUGCUUCCUGCUCUAGAACUAGCUCAAAAGACUGUACAUAUUUACAAGAAACUUUAUAUUCGUAAAAAAAAAGAAAAAAAAAAGGAAAUUGAAUUGGUUUCUACUUUUUUAUUGUAAAAGGUGCAUUUUUCAACACUUACUUUUGGUUUCAAAGGUGGUAGUUGUGGACAGCCAUCUUCCCUGGAGGGUGGGGAGCUCCGUGUGACCACCGAGAUGCCAGCAGGAAAUAUUGUAACUCGAAAUUGCAGUCAAAACGCUUAUUAGCAUCAAUAAGAUUCUAGGUUUCCAAAAGUACAGGCUUUUUCUUCAUUACCUUUUUUAUUCAGGACGAGGGAAGGAACAAUGCAAGAUCCGCCUUGAGAGGAAUGAACUUUGCUGUUGAACAAUAGUGAAAUAAAGCAAUGAUCUACAAUGUU